AAUAAUUAUAAAAGAUGAUAUUUAAAUAUAAAGAUAUAAAUAAAGAAAUAAAUAUAAAUAUUAACACCACUUUACAAGAUCUUCAAUUUGAAAUCUUAAUCUUUACUAAAAUCAACCCAUUAAAUCAAAUAUUAAUUUUCGAUGAUACAACUUUUGUUUUAAAAAACUUUAGUGAAUUUUUAACAGAACCAGUUUCCGUCCUAAAUAUAAACUAUGGUGAAAAUAAAAUAAUUGAAAUAAAAAAAUUAUACAGUCAAAAAAAAAUUAUUAAUCAACAUCAAUAUAAUGAAGACAGAAAAUAUAUAGAAAAUUUUUUUAAAGUUUUUACAAACAAAUUUUUAUUAAAACUAAUAUCCUCUCAUUUACACUACGAAUGUGGCGGUUGUGACGGUUCAAAGUGCACUCAUAUCCAUAAUGACGAAGAAUACAAGGCCCAUCCAAAUAGAAAGAACCAAUUUUCUAUUUUUAAAAAAUAUAAAAAAUAUGAUGAAAUUUUAGAUGUCAAUUGGAUAAUAAAUAAUGGUUAUUUCUCUUUACUCAGAUAUAAAUUCAAGAAAAAUGAAUUACUGUAUAACUGGAGCACUAGGAACAUCAGUAAACUUAUAAAAGAUAUCAAUAAUCCUAAUAAUAAUAGUCAAGAUAAUAUAGAAAACCUUUCAAUGAUAAAAAAAUUAUCAGAAACUUAUCCACCACUAUUCAACUC